AUCUUACAGUUUACCAUUUGAACAACCUUAAGCCUACGCAGAAAAUACCAGCAGCAGCUCUAACGCAAAGGAACGAACCUGCCGAGUAAUCUUAUUCGCAACCAGAAACUUUUGGGUCAAUUGGCAUAUUUGGUCCAUAUUAAGUACGUCUGAUACGCCUUCUCACUGUAUAUUAAUGCUUCUAUCAAUCUUGAACCUGAGCAGAAAAGCUUACACAUGAAUACAGCAGCACAUCAAAGCUCGGAUCGAAGACAGGCCGGACAAUACGGAACGACCAACAUUUUCGAACAUUACCCCUCAUCCUCUCGCCAUGAGGAAUAAGAAGACACCUCAAUCAGGCCUGCUUGUAUCCUAUGAUGUUAAUAAGCCUCAAACUCUCCACAAAAAACUCCCAAAACCCCAGGAACAGGUGGACUUACCACAAGAAGUCCUCCGCAUCAUUUGCUCCUACGUCGACGCGGACGAAUUACCCAACCUAAGACUUGUCUCGAUCGCCUUCAGCAAUGCAGCGGCAGUUCACAUGUUUAGAACCAUGGAUUUUGGUUUUACUGCAUCAUCAUUUGAAUGUAUCUUGAAUGUCGCACGCAGUACCAAGCUUCAACACCAUGUUUUGAAGCUCGGAUAUAACGCUAAAUGGAUGAGCACUUGGCCAAUAAGUUGGGAGCCAGAGUGUCUUGAAUACCACUUCUCUCAUCAGCGUGAAUUAAAGGAAGCUUUGAAAAAACUAGUGAAUCUCAACGCUAUCGAGUUUCGUCCUCUGCACCAAGAUCCACAAAAUACAUUGGAGAACCGCCGCGUCACAUAUCGAAGAAUAUUUGAUCCAUUUUGGAAGUUUCUGACAUCGUCACUUAGUCACGUAUCGAAUCUAAGAUCGAUCAUAGCAGCUAAUUCUUUCCCAUACGAAGGCGAAAGUCUCGAAGAGCUCUCUACCGAGGAGAUUAAGGCACUGGGACGUUUACAAAAUUUGACUCUUGGGCUUGAUACUCACUUCGGCCGACGACUCCCCAAUCUCCUAUGUUACAUGUCGAAUCUCAGGUCACUUGAACUAAGGGAGCUGGUUGAUCUUGGAGAGAGAGAUUUCUCUGAAUUGGUCAGUCCAAGUACGAAAUUUCGUUCACUUGUUUCCCUCAAGCUUGAUGGAUUCAACUUAAAUGAGCGCUAUUUCAAACAUUUUUUACUUGAAAAUGCACACUCUCUACGCUCACUCUCACUCCGAAACUUGAAACUUGAAAUCACGGAGAAAGAAUUUGAUACUGAGGACUAUUAUAAAUGCAAUCAAUGGAUCCGAAUGUUCUUUUUCUUUAGCCAAUCAAUGCGUUUAAAGAAUAUUGAAUUGCAUGGACAGCUCCGCACGUCACUAUCAGGAACUUGGUUUAUACAAGAUUUCGUGGAGGGGGAUAAAUUAUAUGCAGAGCCCAAUUUGAUGUUACAGCUUACGAACUUUAUUACACAUACUGAAGGUUCAUCAUUUCCUUUACCACAUCCAGAUGAAGACCUCAGAAACAUCGAUUUCAGAGGAUAUGGUGUCACUCGUGGCUUAUUUUGGGUUAAAAUCCUCAAGAGGAAGGGAAGCAUUAGGUUAUUACGAAAAAAACCACACAAACCAUCUGUGUUCAACGGCUACUUGCACUGGGAGCAACCGGGAUUCGGAAAUUUGGCCGUUCAGAAUGACGUUGAACUAGAUGGCUCCCUAUAUAAUCAAGAGGAACAUGCAGCGGAUCCGGAGGAUGAAGUCGUGGUGGAAAUAGAAGACAUCGCAGCUCAAGCAAGCGCGUUUGAGCGGGCAAAGGCUUACUUUCUUGCCAACAGAGAGUCAUGGACCGACGAGGAGAAAGUUGCAAUGGCUUUCUUGGUGGAUGCAGAUCCAAUGAGCUUUGAUGUGGAAAGUCCUGCUCCUUUCAAUUCACCGACGAAUUUGAACCUAUUUUAGUACCGGAUCUGCAUACGGCUUUUGUGUAUAAAAAUAGGGCAGCUAUUUUUGUUAUUAUUAAAACAACAACUUUUGUUAUUUCUUCUGAUUAAUUUUCAUUUUUGUAAUUAUUAGCUCAUCUUCGAUGUCUAGGAUAUAUUUUAAUAGGAAAGAAGAAGGAUUUCUUUAGUUGAAC